CCCCGGCUCUCUGCGUUUCCCCCGCCGUGCAUCUUACUCACCCUCCCUGCCUGGGUCUCCUUCGUGUGCGCGUGCGCGGUCGGCCAGCAGACAACCGCCCCGACAUCCACCCCAACCUUGCUUCUUUUCUCCCCUCGGACCCUGCUCGAGCCCCCCCUUUCCCCGGACCGCGCUCGGCGUCAUGUCCGAAGCCGUUGACGGCUCCCUGGUGGAGUCCCCCGCGGGUAUGGGCAUUCACUCCGCCGCCGCCGCCGCCGACAAGGCCGCCGAGGUCGACAUCCAGCGCCGCAAGUCCAAAUCUUCUCUGGCCCCGUCGAAGUCCAAGCGCCGCAGGCGAUCCGUCCGCCGGCCGGUCGGUGCCGCAGCCGAUGACGCCCCUCCGGUCGACAGCAUCCCCCGCCCGGAGGAUCUUGUCCAGUCGGUGGAGAGCGGCUCAUCCAUGACCGGCACCACCUCCGACACAGAGUCCCAGGCACAGGACGCCAAGCGCGAGGCCCGGCGGCGGGCGCUGCUGGCCCAGCGCGAGGCCGAUCCCGAAGCCUUCGAUCGCAAGCAGGAGGAGCGCCGGCAGAAGAUCGCCGCCAUCCGCCUCGAGCGCGAAACCAAUCCCGAAGCAUACGAAGCCCGCAAGGCGGCCCACGCCCAGCGGAAGCUUGAGCGCGAAGAGCGCCGCCGUCAGCGCGAGGAGCUCCUUGCCAAGAAGCGCGCCCGCGAUGCCCGUCGCGCCGAGAAGCUCGCCGAUCCGGAGGGAUACGAGGCACGCCGGCGUGAGCGCCACACCCGGCGGUCUUCGCGCGACAGCCAAACCCCCGGGUCCCCGGCCCUGUCGGCCUCCCUCAGUGAGGAGACCCUUCCCUCGGCCCGGCUCGGGGUCCAUCCUUUCACCGACUCCGAGAUGGCCACCUGCCCGGCAACCGCUGGCCCCCAUGCCCCGGGCUCCGAGACCGGCCCGGACGCCGCGCCGCACCUCCCCUACGAGCCGGCCGUCAUCCCGGACAACUUCAUCCCCACGGCCGACAUCCUGAGCCUGGCCAAGCCGGUCUCUCGAAGCCCCUCGGUCCACAGCCAGGUGGCUGCCAUCGAUUCCCCCGUGAACGAGACCGACCCUGCCCUGCAGUCGGACCAACAACAGGCAGAUGGAUCGGAGUUCAUUCAGGUUCCUGUCCGGCGGCGGCCGUCCUCUCGCCGGGCCUCGGUGUCGGUUUCUACCAGCGAGCCGGAGGGGGUGACCGCCCCUCCGCCAACCGAGCCACCACCCAGCCUGACGGAAGCCCGGCAGGCUGCCGGCGAUGUGGUGGCCGCGGCCCUGCUAACCGCCAUGGAUGCCUCCUCGCCCCGGGGGUUGGGAGAUGACCCGAAUCAUGAUGGCCCGCAGACGCCCGAUUCACCGUCACCCGUGCGCCCCCAUCAGCCCGGGGGACCGCUGGUCCCGGGGGAGGAGACGGCCACCGGCAUGGUCUCCCCCUCCUCCGGCCAUGGUGGCCACCCGUCGCCCACGUCCCCCACCCUGCCGCCCCUUUUCUAUGCGGAGGCUGGCGCCGCGACCGGGGGGCCAGCCGGCGGCGAUGGCCUGGUCGAUCCCAGCAUCGACAUGUAUGCUCCCUCGCAGCCGGAGCAGCAGCCUCCCUUCCACGAGGCCACGGUCUCCGACACGGAGUCCAUUGCGGUGGCCUUCACCGGGCGGCGGUCACGCUGGCGCCUGCGCGUCCGGUCCUUCUGGUCCUUCAUGACCUGCACAUCCCCGUCACAUGGCGGGGGGGGCCAUGAGAUGGGCAACGUCCAGCAGCCGGCCCCGCAGCCCCCCCAGCACGAUGGCAUGGCCGGUCCUCAUGAUGCCGCCAUGGCGCACGACCCGCACGCGGUCGCCGGUGGCAUGCACCACCAACACCAGCACCAGUACUCGGGGUCACCGGCGUCAGUGGCUGGCGGGCCGCAUGACCCUGCGGUCGCCGCCUUCCCCGGCCAUCAUCCGGCCCACAUGUAUGACCCUUCACACCACCAUCAGCAGCAUCACGCGUACCACCAAUCGCCGGCCGGCUUCCACCAUGAUGCGGCCGCGGGCCAGCAUGGCAGCAGCCCAGCGGGGCCGGUGACCGUCGAGGCGGCUGAGGCUGCCCAGGCCGCCGAGUCGCAUGCGCCCGCUGCCGCCGUCGCCGCCACUGCUACCACCACCGCCGCCGCUCAGGCCGCCGGUCCCGCUGGUGGUGCUGUCAUCUCCCCGGCCAAGGGCACCCCGUCGCAGCCGGCCAAGGGGCCGGUUUCCGAUUCGACCGGUGACCCCUCCAUCCGGCGGAAGGGCAAGGGCGAGUCCAUUCUCCGGCCACCCACCAACUUCAGUGCGUACUGCUGCCGCGCCGGUGGCUUUUUCGGGCGCCUCGCCUCAUCACCUUGGCCAUUUUGCCUGUUGUCUUUUUGCCAGCGCGCGCGCCCGGCUCGCGGCCGGGGGGGGAGGCCCCUGUUUUCCUCUAACGCCAUGGCUGUUGCUUUUCCUUUGCUUGCUUGCUUGCUUGCUUGCUUCUCGAUCCGCCCCGUUGAACACGAUGGCGCGCACGCGCACACAGGCCAUCGGCCCACGAUGUCCACCUCGUCCGACGGGACGGGCGCGCCGACGAUGCGGCCGGCCCCGCGCGUGCCUCUGGUCAAGUUCAACGAGGUGGUUGCCGUGCGGAGGACCUUCUCCGGGAGGGAAUAUGACCGCAAGGGUGACGUCACCUGGCGCCUGACCCACGAGCAGGCCAUUCAGAUUCGCGAGGAGCUCAACAUCUUCAAGCGCGAGAUGGAGAUCCACGAGCUCAGCCGGCAGAACACUCACUUCUACUGAGGUGCUCUUUCUCCGUCUCUUUCGCGCCCUCCCCCGCGCUCCCCCCUGGGGCAUUCCCUUCUCUCCCUUCCUUUCCCCGGGCGCCGGGGAGGGGGGAGGGUGAGGCUUGCAGCCUCCCUCCCUCCCGCAGACGCCGCGCCCCAACGACCAAGUAUCACCAUGUGUCCUGUGGGAGGAAGAUGGCACACCGCGCGCACGCGUGCGUGCGUGCGUGGGGAGCCCACAUUGGUGCCACCACCAUCUGCCUCUUGCCUGGCUUCCCGCCCGCCCCUUCUCUCCUGCCCCCCUCCCGCCUUUUGUGUGCCGUGUGGAGGGGGGCGGUGCAGGGAAAGAAACCCUCAUCUACUGGCCGCCACCCUCCCUUCCCUCUUUAGAUAUGCCACUAUAUCCCUGGCUGGCUAGCUGGCUGUGUGCGGUGGCCUGUGUGCAUCCACCUCCCUCCUUCUCAAACUCCCUCCCCCCUCCCCAGGCACGCCGCGCGCACGCAGCCACAGAGAGUUCCCAUUGGUCCUGUCGUCGACAAUCGGGGUGAAUCGUGCCGUCACGCGCGCGCGCGCACACACACA